AAUAGCAUUAGGCCUACAGUGUUUCUGCCCUCUGCCCCAGCGAUUUUUUUCUACAAGUAGGUUACAAACAACUGAAACUCUGCGUGAAACUCUGCGUGAACACCCCCUCCCCCCUUCCUUCUCCUGCAACUAUUUCCCUCCUCCUCCUCCACCAUGUCUGACUCCUGGCGCGCCGACCCCGGCUCUACCGCCGACCACCGACGAGAGAGUAGGGGAACUAUAUUACUGAGGAGCGGGGACUCAGUUGGUGUCUGUGUGUUUCUGUGUGUGUGCGGACUAUACAAUGACUGACUGAGGUCAAGGUGGGAGAUUCGGCCAUAAAUUGUUAGAUGGGAUUCUGCAACCUGAAAGCCAAUUUGUCGCCCGGUGUUGUUCAUGAGAGGAGAGCGGACCUGAAUGUAAGCAGCUCUGCCGGGAGAGGAAACCUGGCUGAAACCUGCUCUUGGAAGUAUAUCCCCCUGACAAUGACUUUUACAGCUCCUCUCGGCCCAGCGGGGUGGCUUAGCUGUCAUUUUCUGAAACUGCCUUAAGUGCACUCGGUCAUAUUGAUGGUUUAAAAACCCAAUCAUGUCCACUGGAGCAAGAUCAUGACUUUACUCAACGAGUCAGAGACCUCCCCUCCCUCCUUCCCUCUCUCCUCCCUUGAGCACAAUUUCUCCGUCUUUGUCUCCCAUGACCCCUCAUACUCCCCCAUAUCCUUCCCCACCGCCUCCUCUGUCUCGAUGAUGUCCUCCAACUGCACCAGCUCUGCGUCAGCCUCCUCUCCUCCGUACAACUUCUACGCGGUGCUGCUGGUGCUCCUGAUCUUCUGCGUGGUGUUCGGUAACGUCCUGGUGUGCGUGGCCGUGUCACGCGAGCGCGCUCUGCAGACCACCACUAACUACCUCAUCGUCUCGCUGGCUGUGUCCGACCUGCUGCUGGCCACGCUGGUCAUGCCCUGGGGCGUCUACCUGGAGUUUGUGUUUGUUUUGUUGAAGGUGGUGGGAGAGUGGCGCUUCAGUCUCAUCCACUGUGACAUCCUGCUCACCCUGGACGUCAUGAUGUGCACCGCCAGUAUCCUCAACCUCUGUGCCAUCAGCAUCGACAGCAGAUACACAGCAGUGGCCAUGCCGAUGCUCUACAACACCAGAUACAGUUCCAGGAGGAGGGUGGCAGUGAUGAUUGCUGUGGUGUGGUUCCUCUCUUUUGCCAUCUCCUGCCCUCUACUGUUUGGACUCAACAACACUGCCAACCGGGAAGGCACCACAUGCAGCUUUGCUGAUCCUGCCUUCGUCGUGUACUCAUCUGUGGCCUCCUUCUAUGUUCCCUUCAUCGUAACUUUGCUGGUGUAUGUGCAGAUCUGUGUGGUGCUGCGCAAACGAGGCAGACGCACCGCCCCACCGCGCAGACACGGUCUGCAAACACAAGGCGGGGCUGAGGCAGGAGAAGGUCAUCGACGCAGGAAGAAUAAGUGUACACAACCAGAGGAUGUGAAGUUGUGCACCCUGAUCCUGAGGCCAGCCACCGCUGGUCCACAGCGCAAGAAAGUGCAUCCACACCUUUGUUUGUCCCCCAACGCUUACCUCCCUCAUCACCCUCCUUCCCCCCUCUCUGUGUGUCAGACCCUUGUAAAGGAGGCGGUGGUUCACCCCCUCGAAGUGGAGCCGGGUCAGUUCCUGCCGCAGACCGAGCAGAGCCUGGCUCCUCGUCCUGCUCCCCAAGCCUCCUCCCACCUGGGACGGGCCAGGAUCUCCCUGGCCAUCUCAGUUGGACCUGCCCCAGUUCUUCCCUCAACCGUGACACGAUCGGCCCUGACGCCUCGCCCCCCCACCCUCGUGGAUGGCAUGAGGGGCCGUGAGGGAUGGAGGGAGCGUAGCAGAGGCAGAGAGAAAUGGGGGAUCACCAAAGAUAGGGUGAGAGGGAGGCUGUCGCAGCAGAAGGAGCGGAAGGCGACACAGAUGCUGGCUAUUGUGCUCGGUGUGUUCAUCAUCUGCUGGCUGCCUUUCUUCCUGACCCAUGUGCUGAAGGCCCACUGCAGGAGCUGCUGUAUCUCGCCCUCACUGUACAGCGCCGUCACCUGGCUGGGAUACCUCAACAGCGCCGUCAACCCUAUCAUCUACACCACUUUCAACAUUGAGUUUCGCAAAGCCUUCAUCAAGAUCCUGCACUGCUGAGAGCUGCAGAGAUGAGAAGCAUCAACUGUCAAAAAAAAAAAAAAAAGACUGACGGUUUGAGAUCAGAGGUGAGAGAGUAGAUGAGAGAAAGAUGUCAGUUUCGGGGGCAGUUUUGAUGCACAGGAAGGGGGGAUAAGACAGUAGAUUGGAUGACUGUGAAGUUAAGUGAUACAAGCUUACUGGAAAAUUAAAGACGAGAGAAGUGUAACCAGCAGCUCACACAAGACUGAAAGAAGCAUGGCAUACAGAGGGAAUACAAACAGGCGAAGAAACUACAAGACGAUCACAAAAAGAGUGUGUGACAAGUAAAAGACAGCUACAAGAAACACAAACAAGCUUGAGAUAUUUAUGGAAACGAAGACAUGCACUGUGUUGUGUACAUACAGUCUGAAAAGGGAAUAUUUGAGGACUGAAGAUCUCUCCUCAGCACACCGACAGAAAGACGCCACACAUGUGAGACUCCCUGAGACAUGACUGUUCUUUCCAAUGCUUGAUUUGUGUCAGACUUUCACUGUUAUGUAUUUUCUUUAUCUGUCCGCAUGUGCUCGUCUUUCUCAGAAGACUGGAAUAAGUCAAGGCAAAAAAAAAACCUUUGAACAAAGAGUCUAGCACAAAACUUUUUUACUCUCAUGCCCAAAGCUCAAUAAUUUUUCGCACUUUUCGAAAACCCACUGAAGUUACAUCAAGGUAGAACUAUUGAUUUGGUGAUUGAGCACACAUACGAAAUCAGCAGACAGUGAAGAGAGCUUUCGUGUAAUUUAAUGUGUACAUUUUUUGCUUUAAAUAAGUGUGCAUGGAUGCAAUAUGUGGUGUUGUAAAUAAUACUUGUACUGGUUUAGAAGAGGGAUCACAAGUAUUGUACAGACCAUUUAUAAUAUUAAUAAUAAACAUUUUCUUUCAUUGCUUUUUUAAAAAAAAAUCACUGUCAUAAUGAAAUGAAAUGAAAACACAACUUUAUUCAUCCCAAAGGAGAUUUUUUCUUUUUACCCAAGAUGCUCAGCAUGCAUUGUAUUUAUGGUAAAAUAAAAUAAUUAGAAUUGAAUGAAUAAACAUAUCUGCAAGGUACAAAUGACAAUGCAAUUCAUGAAUGAAAGUGCAACUGGUUACAAAUCAAUAUACAAAUCCUUUAUUUAUAGGAUUGUAAAGUGCAUUUUACUCACCCUCUGCUGUGGCACAGAGGUAGUUAAAAGCACUAAAAGCCCCAGUGACUGUGUAACGUUAUGCAGGUAUUGUGCACAUUUGAGCAGUUAAUAUUCAGACAGGACUCCACAUGCACACUGAGGAUUUCAGAUGAGCCUUGUUUUAUUUAAAGCCUCCAGCCUUCCUGUCAAUAUAGUGUAAAAUCUU